CUUAUCCCUCUUCGCUAAUAGCUCUUCACCCGUACAUUCGACGCCCAUCAUGCAAUCCAACAGCCAGCUUACUUGUGAUUGCCGCAACUACGCGAAGUACAAGAAGUUCUACGACGAAGCUCUUGCCUAUGAAAGCUCGUUGUAUUGGGAUUUUGCAAAAUGUCUCCUGGUUUGCUCGGCCAUCGGCAUCGUGGUUUUCUUCCUGUUCACCUUCGUCCGCAUACGCACGAUCCAUGAUACUACACCCAUCGAAGACAUCAGCUCUUCGUCCCUGAAUAUGAUGCACCGCCAAAGUUCGACAAAGAAAGUCUCUGGAUCAUCUUCGUCCAUCUCCUCCCAGAGAGAUUCUAUCUCCUCAUACUCAUCCUCCGAUUACCCCUCCUCGGCCUCCGACUCGUUGUUGGACUCGCGUCGCUCGUCAGACUCCUCCUCCAGCGAAACCCAGUCCCCCCGCCGCCCAUCCAUUGUCCCGAACCGUCGCUCAUUUGCGAAGAUGAUGGGGACGAUCAAAGAUUUACCUCAGAAGGUCCAAGAUGAGGUACAGAUGCCUUCAUUCGGGAGGAGACAAUCGGGAAAUAAAAUGAAGAGGAGCCAGUCUACUAGCCAAGUCAUCUUGCCUUCCGAAACUUUGGACACUCCUGUACUCUCGUCUUCUACCAAGGACGGCCCUCACGUCUUCACAUCUCCCUUUGCAGACAGUGACGGCCUCAAUCGUUCUACCCGUGUCUCAGAACCUAUCUCC